UGUGUUAAAAUUUUUGGUAUAAUUAUUUUUGGACCGAACUACCUAAAGGAUUUUCUAAAGAGUAAUGGAGUGCGAGAAGAUUGUAGAGACCACCGUUACUGCUGGUGACCUCAAACAGGACACGACCCUAGAGCAGGAGCUCGAGGGUGCACUGUCCUCGAGCAGCGCCGAUGAUACGCCGCCGGGCAUGAUCAUUGUGGGGAGCCGCAUCAGUGCCAGGCAGGAGCUUAUGGAACCAAGCGUUGCGGACAAGGAUACAAAAAUCGAGGGCGAAAAUGAAUUCGGAAAAGAUUUUCAAAAGGAUGUUGAGCUGCCACGGGAGCCGGAAAAUGCCUGCUCCAUGUCGCUGGGCUUCAAGCCACGUGUCCAGUUCCAGCGGGUGCCGCAUGAGAGCGUUGGCCGUCUCUUGGCCAGCACCGAGGCUGCCCUGGCAGCCGCCACCAGCUCGGCCUACGCCACACCCAUGUCCACGAUUGCGGAACCUUUUGCCACAUUGCGUCACGUCGUCGACGAGGCCACACAGUGCAACAACCUCGGCAACGAAGUGUCUGCCUCCAGUGAGUCAAUGUCCUCGCUGGGCUCGCUCGUCUGUCGUAUUUGUCAUAACGGCGAUAAUCCCGAACAACUGGUGUCGCCCUGUUUGUGCAAGGGCUCCCUGACAUAUGUCCAUGUGCAAUGCCUGGAGCGCUGGAUUAGCACCUCGCACUGCACGUUAUGUGAACUCUGCCAGUUCCAGUACAACACGGAGCAGACGCUGCGGUACUCCUGUCUGCAGUCGCUGCGAAUUUGGUAUUCGCGGGCCAUGAGCCGCCGGGCCCUGCAGGAGGACUGCCAGAUGUUCUCGCUGCUCACUUUGGUGGCCUUUGGGAUCAUCGGCACCCUGCUGGUAGGCAUCCAGUACUAUGCCAUGAACAACCAGUCCUGGGCCAUGAGCAAGCUCUGGACAAAGUCCUGGAUGCUCUUCUUUCUGUUCAUGACGGUUACCGUUUACUUUGCAAAUAUUUUUAUGCUGGUCAAGUCCCAGGUGACGCCUUGGUAUCGCUGGUGGCAGUCAGCCAGAGACAUCAAGCUGAUUCUGGAGAACCGGCGACCCUUUCCGAAUCCGAGUCGCCUGCGACACCAGGCGAUGGACGCCGGCUCGCUCUCCGCCUCCAUGAUCACCCAUCACGAUCAGCAAGAGCUGGCGCCGCCCACGGCAGUGACCCCUGUGCCAACAACCUCCAGCGAGGAUGGGAUUGAGAGCAGUCCCGGCCGUCAGUGGGGCAAGCGUAUGGAGAGCGCUAUGCUGGCGGCCGCCAUUGCAGCCACAGUGGAAUCGAUUGCCGACGCCAGUGCACGGGAGAGCGAGAGCAAGGCCGUGCAGCAGCCCAGCCAAGAGCAUCAUCGUCCUGGGCAGCCAUCGGAAGGCGCCGGCAACUAAAAGGGCAAUGACAAGAGCCAAGGAGAUAGACGGACACUGAAAAGGAGCAAGUGGCAAGGCGGUGUAUGCGUGUCAUUUGUUUAAUGUAGUUUCAAUGCUUUUAAUGAACUUUCCCAACGAGCAGACUUCAAUUAA